UUCAGUUUCAGUUGGCCGAUGGUGCGCUUACAAAACGCCGGUUCCCGGCGGACGCGUUCGCUUUCGCGCUCCUCCAGAAAAACGCCGCAGACCCCGAGAACCCCGCACACACAGAUACUCUAGCCCACUCGCCAACACACACACACACACCCACACUUCAUUUUGGGGGCGGUGAAAGUGCAAUAAGAAAGUGCAGCAGUGUGGGGGCGCGGGGCGGUGUUUAUUGAGGGGGGUGUGGGCAGCACUCUGGAGCCAACUUUGGCAAUUGGCUGGCGUUAUUUUUGGAUUAAGCAGCGCCAAAUUGUAACAGACGAACGAACAACGACCGACAAUUAACGAUUAACAUUAAGACCAUUUGAAGUAGGAUUCUUUUUUCAAACUGCCAGCAAAGAAGCAGAACAACAACAGAACACCGAUAGGCGGAAUCAAGUCGAGUAGAAAAUUUUAAAAAAUAUUUUUUAUCAACAAUAUUUUUGAAAAACUUUCGAAGACAUCCGAAGAAGUAGCACACACAGAGAGCUUCGAGGCAAACAAAAGUCAGCCUAGAAGGAACCGAAGUUAAACAUUUCCAAAGGAGCAACUUGAGCCCGCCGGAAGAAGCAGUCCAGAAAGGAUACCCACACACACAUACAAUACCCAUAUACAUAUAGAUAGAAAAUGGCCGCCCUACAACGGAAGCUGGUGCACAAGCAGUUCAACUCGCCCAUGGGCCUCUAUUCCCAGGAGAACGUGAAGGCCACCUUGAACCGCGAGCUGAAGGCCUUCGGCGGCGAGGGGAUUGAAGUCGACGACCAAAUCUCGAAGCCCCUGAACUUGGCCAACUCGGCCGUUCUGCGCGCCGUCGAAGAAGAAGAACAACAAGCCAAAUCUGGUAACUUGCGCCGCCAAGAUUUCUACCCCACUGAAAGGCAGAGCCGCCGGCGUCAGCGUGGCGAGGGCGAUGCACUGCAUCACACGCUGCACCAGCAGCUGCUAGACCAGAUCAAGACGAACUACCUCAGCCACCAGCAGGACGUUACCAUCGAUCGGGACACCGUGCUGAAGAUCAAUCGACUGGCCACCAAAAGGCAUCUGCUAAAGAGGGAUCACAGUUGGCCACCCUUGGAGCAGGAUGUGGCUAGCAGUGCCGAGUCCACGGGUCAUCAGAUCGCCUGCAAUCCCUCGCACAGUAUUGAGGCUCUCAGGGAGAAGUUCCAGAGUCCCACUAGGAUUAUAGAACCAACAGCUAAACAGGUGAGGGAGCAACGACAGAGGCAAGGUGGCUCCAAGGAGAGAUCCAGAACUCCCCAAAAGGUUUCAGGGGACCGUGACCUAUCGGAGGUUUUCCAUCAAACCCCCGUCUCCAAAGGCUUCUCCGCUCCAGAAACGAAAGCAGCCGAUGUGGACUUGGGUUUGGUGGCUCCACGAUGUGAAUACUACGAGCAGUUGGCCCACAAAAGGCCCUCAACACCCACUCUACCCAAUCCAGUCACACCUUACCGGCCAAGACCCAAGAGACAGGCCUAUUCCCUGGAUCGGGGACGCUCCCGAAAGCGGACAGUGGGUGCUCCGGAGUUGCCACCGCCCAAACCAAGGACCUCCAAGCCAAAAGUCCAACGCAGAUGCAUCAAGCUGGCCACCGAGGUGAAGAUCUCCUAUGGCCACGACGGCGACAGUGAGGAGGAGCCCAAUUCUGGGCAAGAUGUGGACUUGGAGACCUUGCCGCUGCCGCCGACACCAGCUGCUGCGCAACUCAAUCAAGCGAAGACAGCGGGCCGUAGGGUAAUUGACAACCUGGCAGUUAAGCAGCAGCAGCAGAUGGCUCUUGCUUUGGCCACAAAUGGGAGCAUUAGCCAAUCGAAUGCGUACCCAAAUCCGAAUCCGAAUCCCUUGGCCACCACUCGCAUUGUGCCCGUUCGCGUGGAAACCUCGACGGAUCAGCUGAAGCUGAGUGCCCAGCAGAUCUACGACGACGCCUGUUCGUAUCUGCAGGAUCACCAGGAGAUGGAGGAGGAGCGGCAGAGUCCCACCUAUGUGAGUGCCACCGGUGGCAUCAAGCUGCUUCAGCGGCAAGGGAGCAGCACGAGCACGCCAACCACUCCGAUUCCAGGGCCACCACCUCCGCCGCCGCCGCCUGUGAUGCGUUCCAAGUCUGGCCAGGAUUCCCUAGCCAAGGAGAAGCAAUCGAGGAGGCAGGGUGGAAUCUACCGUCUGGAAACCGACACGGAGAAGCAGCACGAGGCCCAUGUGGAGAUUGCCCAGCUGGAGGCUAAAUAUGCCCACAUUCAGCAGUCCAUAGCAGAGCACUUGCUCCAGAUCGAUGCCUACAUGGAGAAUGCCAAGCAGGCGCUGCAGCGGAGUGCCCAGACCACACCGGUUCCAACACCUCCCCCGCCACCACCACCACCUCCGCCCCCAGCCUUGCCAGCCAGACCCAUUAGCUCCGGAUCCAAUGAAUCCUGGGACAUUUUCGCCCAUCGACAGUCACCCAUUUUGGCCGCGGAAAGUCCACUCCAAGCCAUACUUCGCCAGAUUUACACCCGUGCAGCUGGAUUACCCACCAGGCUCUCGAAAGAGAUUAAGGAGGAGACCGCCGCCAAGGGGGGGGAGGAGGAAUCCCUAACCGAAAACGUGCCCAUUGUGGAGCGGGCUCUAGAGGAUCUGCACAAGAUUGCAGUGGCUCUAGAGCAAAAACCAGAGACCGCGAAACACAUGCACGUAGAGCUCCGGACAGCGCCAGCUGUCAUUGAGGCGGAGCACGUAGUCAUCAAGGACGAGGACGAGGAGGUGGACAUGGAUGCGGAUGCGGAUGUGGAUGUGGACAUGGAGUACAGACACGUAUCCGAUGUAAUUGCCAACUACGAGCAGUUGGCCAAAAAGGAGUUCGAGGAGUGGAAGGAGGAACAGGUGGCCAAGAGGGAUAUGGGGGAGGUUAAGGAGGUGCCUCCCAAAACAGAGCUACGCAAAGCCAUAGAGGAGCAGCUGGCCAAAAAAGGGUUAAGGGAGGCGAAUAAGGUGAUUCCAGGGGAAGAGAAGAUAUUACCUAUGAAGAAUGACAAACAAGAUAAAGAACUUUUAAACCAAAAGGAUUUGGGAAAAGAGGAGCCACUUGUAACAUCAGAAUUACCAGAGAGUAAAAAGGAGUUAGAAACAAGUAAAACCCAAGCAGAUCUUUCUAAAACUGAAGAAGUGGAGGAUAAGGACAAAUCCUGCCUCCAUGAAGAGACCUUAACCUACUGCCCAGUUUGCGAUGAGAUGCGCUGCUCACCCAAUAACUGGGGCAAGCUCAACAAGGCCGACCAGUGGCGCAUUGCCAACCUCCAGAACGAAACUUUGAGGAACUACAAGGCCACCUAUGAGAUACGCAGUCCCUACAUCUCGCGGCAGAUCUCCUGGGAGGACACCCAGUCGGCCAAGGAGAAUACCUCGCCCGAGAAGCUGCAACGCCAACGGAGUUUUGUGGAGAUUGUGACCACGCCAGCUACUCCAGAUUCUCCGCCACCAACGCCACCGCCGCCUCCACCUCCAAAAACGAGUCACCCAACUCUCCAGCAGCCGGAAACGGAAGUCACCUGGCAGAGGAGCCGUUCGCCCAGUCCGCUGCCCUCUCGCAAGUAUCCUGCUCCGCUCAUCGAAGCCCCGCAGCGUGCCAGCUCACCUUAUGGCCUGAAUCCUGUCCAGGCGAAGGCACCUCCCUCACCUGUCAAUCUGCCCGCCAAAUUCUCGCAUGUGCCGCAGCUGGAGGGCCAUAAUAUUGGACUCCUGGUGAAAACCGCCACCGAGCCACUGCAGCAGAGCAUGUCGGCAUCCUCCUCAAUGCUGGCUGCCACGCCCCCGGCCACGCCCCGUUCCGCGGCACAGCCCUCGCCCUUCGAAUUCCCCAGCCUCGAGGCGGGGGAGCAGCACAAAUUCCGCUCCCUGGCUUCCUUCGACGAGGUGCAGCGGGAUUUCAACGUUAGCCGAUCCUUCGAUAAUGUCUCGCCACGCCCAUAUCUGGGUAUUGAAGGCUACAAGCGUGUGGCCUGGCCACCGGCCUCGGAGGAGCGGAUCAUCCGGGAGUUCACCCCCCAGCCGCAGACCCAGAGCCCAGCUCCGGGCGCCGGCGGCUACUAUCCCCAGGCUCCGGCCCAGGCCCAGGCCCAUGCGCCCGCGGCAGCUGCCCCACCCCAGCAGCAGUACGGUGCUCCUUCCUACGACGGCUACCAGCAGCAACAGCCACCGCAGCAACCUGCAGCACAGUGGCAACAGCAGCAGCAGCAGCAACAGGUGCCACAGCAGCAAUAUCAGCCUCAAUCGCAGGCUCAGGCUCCCUAUCAGCCGGCACAGUGGAACCAGCAGCAGCAGCAGCAGCCACCCCAACAGCAGCAGCCGUCGUACCAGGCUUCACCGUACCAGCAGCAGCCGCAGCAGCAGCAGCAACAGCAGCCAUCCUAUUACCCACAGCAAAACGGUGGCUCGACCUAUGCUCAACCCCCGUACAAUUCUUAUUCGCAGCCCCAGGUUCCGUACUCGCAGGAUCAGACCGACCUGCAGCAGCAGCAGCAGCCUGGAGCCCUCGCUGGCCAGGAUAGCUACCGGGGCGCCAGUCCCGGAAUCAUCACCCUGCGCAAGGAGGCGCCAGUCAGCCAGCAGCCUGCUCCAGUUUACUCUUCGCAGCCUGCCGCCGUCAGCUAUCAGGGAGGCAGCAAAUUGCGCGGAGAUUUGAAGUGGCCACCACCGGAGUACAAGGAGGCCGCGGCUCGCGAGAACGAGGAACGUCGCCAGCUGGCGUUGGGCCCCGUCUGCCGUCCCAGGAGAAUCAACAGGGACUACACACCCUUCUUUGCCAAGCACCAGUUGAACAAUGGCUACCCCAGCUACAAGGUGCCCCCCGGCACCCAGCACAUUUUCGGCUAAGUCAGAGGAAGGAAAUCAAACGAUGCCAAGAACACCAGCAGCAGAAAAUUCAAUGGAACCCACUUCAUAAUAAUACGGAAAACGAUCAUGUAUAUGUUACUAAAACGAAACACUAACGAAGCAACUAUAUAUAGGAUAUAUACAAUUGUUAUACUAAUCUUAAAUGACCACUAACGACGCCAUAUAUGCACAUAUGUUACGAAACGAACCCAUGAUAGGCGAAUGCAAUACUACAGCAGGUGUGACUCCAGGCCCUGAAUCAUCUCCGGCGUUGGCUGAACAACGGAUGCCCGCUGAACCCAGAACAGAACGCACCCGUUGGGAGUGACUAAGGCGAUGAUUCGUGGCUGUGGAGCCCCGAUCCGGAUGCCCAGACGGGGCGAUGGAUAACGAUAUUCUCUGUGCACCCAUACUAUAUACACAUAUUUGGAGCAUGUGCAUAUAGUAUGGCCAAGAUAGCAGAGCACCACUAUAUGCCCAGACAGAUGGGGCUAGAUUCUAAGUUGAUUGUUACACUGUUAACUAGCUAAUGAAACGGAAACGAUGCGACCCACGACGGAAACUGAUAAUGAGAUUGAACCUUGUCUUAGCCCUAAGAGCACUACUAAUCUAUUUAUUGUGAGCAUAUUCUAUUUAAAGCGGAUCCUGGGGGGGCGCACAGCUCAGGGAGCCAUCCACUCGUUGUAAAUUGUAAACCGAUGGUGCCCCUUGGAGCAGUCCUCGCAGGAUUCUCGAUGUUUACUGUUUGAGUUUGCAUGCUUUUUGCUUAUAUCUCUACUAUAUGCACAUAUAUAUAUUUACUUUGACAUUGUUAAACUGCAAAUUAUAAAAAAAACCGUCAAUUACCCCGCUAAGUAAGUUGUACAAGAGAUGCGGCGAUCAGGCCGAAAGAAAUCUGUGAGUUCCGAAGAUGCCAUUCAAGGAUACUGAAAAUCGACGAGCUCGUUCGAACCACCCCGGUCAGCCCCUCCCAUCCGCCGAGGUCGGCAUCUCAGUUCGCCCGCUGACCCCGGGCAAUAAUAUGAGGAUGUCUUUGCCUGCCGGACGAGCAGCCGCGAACUCAGUGCCCGGAUCUUGGCGAAUGGGGCGAGACGGCGGCCGGGACGUGGCCGAGGACGGGCCACAAACUCUCAGACUUUACCAAUUACUAUGACCAGCAAUGUCUAUACCAAACUACAAUACGAUGUAUAACUAAUAUGAAAUGAGAAACUAAAUAAACGGCAAGUUUUGAAUACUCGCAACGAGAAGAA